GUGAAUAACUUAAGGUGGUUCGAUUUCCAUACUAGUUUAUUUAUUCAAAUAUGGGCACACGCCACUUAAUUUUACAUUGAAACUUAUUUCGUUUGCAUUUAUUUUUGUAUAUAUUUGCGUGAAAUUGCUUUUCAACAGAAAAUACUGUUAAAUCAUCGUAAAAACGAGAUCAAUAUUUGUUUAAAAUUUGUUAAUGUAUUAGUGAACGGUUACAGUGUCAUACGCUUCGGAAUAUCCAUUAGUGUGCGUAGCUACGUUGUCAGUUCGCUGAAAAUGCGACGUUGCCGCUCUUGCUCGUGUGUGAAACGGUGUGUCACUUGCCCUCUCCCUUCGUUAAAGAAGCGUUCAUAAAUUACGUUCACCCGAACGUUUUAUAAUAACAGUAUUUCUGCUGCCAGAUGAUCGAACAACCCGCUCAUUAUGAAUCGGUAAGGUUAUACGUCGAAAUGAAUCUUUUUCGAUUCUGAAUGCGACCAUAACCUAACCUGUUCCGGCUUUUCGGCGGGAAACGGGAACGGGACAGUUGCUUUCUUCAUUGAGUAAUCUAAAUAAUUAAUACGAAGUGGUGUUUUGUGGUUAGUUGGAAGACAUUCGCGAGUGUUAUUAUAUUGGAGUAUUCAAUAAACAAAGUGUAUCUGCCUAUUUUCGCUUCGUGCCGGGAAGCCGCUUCAUAACUCAAAAGUUUAUGCGGACUUUUGAGUUAAUUCGUUUGGGGUUCGGAGUAGGAGUCUACUCCGAGGGUGGGGGCUUAGGUUUCAUCAUCAUCACCUUUCAUCAUUUCAUUAAUCAUCAAGAAAAAAAUACGUCAGACAUGGCUGUAUGGGCAUAGUUCCCUUUGCCUUACCCUUCGGGGAAAACCAAAACAAAAAAAAAACUAACCUGUUCCUGUCAUGUCAUGUCAUUCGUUUCUUUUCCACUUCCAAUUUAUAUUGUAAUAGUUUGGUUAUUUGUUUUAUUAAAUAAUUUAUUCAUCGAGUUUUGUGAAACUUGUGGGGCCGGGCGGAUUAAAAUAUGGAACCUCAAACUAGUCGCAAAGACUACUUAAACCACCAGUAUUCUGGCCCCCGGAAAAAUCGAAAACGAAGCCAAGCACAAAUGAAACGUUAUCAUGGAGAAAUAAAAAGCCGUAGCGACGUAUGGUGCAAGAAAAAAAAACUAAAUGACGAAAACGACGUGCCUUCAAACAAAUCUGUAGCAAAUAAUACUCUCAAAACCUACAGUGGAAGUAAAAAAAAAAAUCUUGUGGAAGCAAAUUUUACUGACACUCAGCAAAGAACUGAGAAAGAGCCCCCCCGAUCAAAACCUUUGGAGGUAAAUUGGCCACUGAUUGAUCCCACUGUUAAAAGCCACGAGUUAACUGUGGAAUAUGCACCAGAUAGUUUGGGUAGUCUGUCUGGUAACAGGUUUGUUGAUCUACCACAUGUCCUUAUGUGGGCUUUCAAACUUGAGAGACACCGUUCGCAAUGUGGUGGUAGCAGCAUAGUCUUUGUUGAGGAGUUUAGAAAUGGUUUCAACAGUAUGUUUACUUUCCAAUGCAGUAUGUGUGAGAAACAAUUUAGAUACUGCAAUGAAAAAGAUGAAAAUCUUAACAAAGCGUUUGUUUGGGGGACAUUAACAGCUGGAAGCUAUUAUGCACAGGCUGCACACAUCACCAACUUGAUGGAUAUACCUACAAUAUCAGCUUCCAAAUUCCGAGAGACAGAAAAAUUAUUAGGUGAAGUUUGGAAAGAUGAACUAACUGAGGAGAUCCAAAAAAAUGGAGAAAGAGAAAAGGCUAUUGCUAUGCAAAAAAAUAAUGUAGAUGCAAAUGGUAUUCCAUACAUAACAGUGUAUGUGGAUGGAGGCUGGCCUAAACGAUCAUAUGGCCAUGAUUAUAGCUCUCCAUCAGGCAUGGCCUGCAUUAUUGGAAAAGAGACCAAGAAAUGCUUAUUCUUAGGCAUAAAAAACAAAUAUUGUUACCACUGUCACAUUUAUGAAAAAAAAAAGAACAAGUUUCGGAGCAUAUGUGUUUCAAGAACUACGAAGGACCAUCUACGGGAAUGGAGGCGGACAUCCUAGUAGAAGGGUUUGAGAGGAGUCAAGAGAUGCAUGGUGUAAAAUAUUUAAUAUUUAUAGGAGAUGGAGAUUCAUCUGUGUAUGCACAAUUAAGAGAAAAGGUUUCAUAUGGGACCCAAAUAAAAAAAAUUGAAUGUAAAAACCAUGUGAUUAAGAAUUACACUGGAGCAUUGUACAAGAUUAUAGGAAAUACAAAGUUACCAUUAUUUGGCCGGAAGAUUCUCAAGCCAAAAUUACAAAAACUUACAGCGGUUUCAAGAAAGAUAAUUAUGGAAGCUGAUCAUAAUUCAAUGAGAGAGGAUCUCAAAAAUGGCCCAUCUCAUGUAUUUGGCUGCCACCAAGAUUGUAAGGCAUAUUAUUGUCGAUUCUGCCAGAACAGUGAUGAAAAAGACACAAAUUCUUUAGACGACCUUAAAACUAAGGCACCUGCAGUUUGGGCCCACAUUUGUGCAGCAAACGAGGCAGUCAUGUCAAAAUGCCAUCGACUAUCAAACAACACAACAAAUGUUGUUGAAAAUUUCAUGAGUGUUGUCAGCAAAUUUGUCUGCGGGAAAAGAUUGAGUCUGUACAAGGGUGGCUCAUAUCAGCGAAGAGUAUAUAUUGCUGGUAAGAAUAUGUUAUGUAAUUAUUGCAUUUGUUCAAUUCAUUUUCUAUAUUAUUCACAGUAUAUAUAUUUAUUUAUAUACAUACAUACUUUAUCCACACACAAUAUUUUUUAUACUCACAUAAUAUUAUACGCCUUCAAGGCACUAUGGGAUAAAAGACUUAGAAAAUUUUUAAGGAUAUUUUUUAUAACAGGUCUCUCGCACUCUCGUGGUCAGAAAUGGCACACAAAUGCUUGGAAGAAACAUAUAAGAAGUAGCCCUGGACAAACUUUUAAAAAGUACAUUGCCCAGUCGGAAAAGUCCAAGGAAAGGCGCAAAAAAUACAUUCGCAGGCGACUUUUUGCGCCUAAACCCAAAACUGACCACAAUUAUGGUCCAAACGCCAAAGAUGUAGAUGAGUCAGUUUUAGGGAAAGAUCUAAAGGAAGCGUGUCUUCUAAAACUGAAAGACUUCGAAACGACAAUAGAUCAAAUAAAAUAUAUUGAAAGUGCAACAAUUGGACAACACGAUAAUGAUGUCUACACUACAUAUAGAUGCGACAGGCUUACCGCUAGUCAGUUCGGAAUGAUAUGCAAGCGAAAAUCUACAACACCAUGCCAUAACCAAGUGGAGAGUGUUUUAUAUAAAAACAAUAUCUUGACCAAUGACAUGGCCUACGGCCAAAACCAUGAAUCAGUGGCCAGAACCUUGUUCAUAGAAAAAAUGAACAAAGCCGUACGGCCUGCUGGGUUAUAUAUUGAUGAAGAAUUUGGUUUUCUUGGAGCUAGCCCAGAUGGAGUAAUAGAAGAAGAAAAUUCUAUUUUGGAAAUAAAAUGUUUUCCUUCAUUGGCUCGCAACAAUCAAGACAUUUUUUCUGCGGCCAAAGAUCGUAAAAACUUUCCCCUUUUGGUUGAUGACACUGGUGCAUUACAAAUAAAUAAAAAACACAACUAUUACUAUCAGAUCCAGGGUCAACUGCGGGUUUCAAAAAUGAUGAAAUGUUACUUCAUUGGCUAUGUUUCUCCAAGUUUUGACAUCACAGUGUUGGAAGUACAGCGUGACGAAAAUUUCAUUAAAAAUAUGAUGCCAAAAUUAGUAACAUUUUAUAAAAAUUGUAUUUUGCCAGAGGUAGUACUUCGAAGAGUAACAAAAAAACAAAAAUGUAUUGAUAUUUCAAUUAUGUGGUAGCAAUUAUUUUAUUACUACUUUGUGAACAAGCGCGCUGUUUGCUUUGCAUUGUAUAAAGUAGUGACAAUCAGAAAGAGAUAAAUAUUAUAUCCUAAUCUGAAUAAACGAAAUCUGAAUCUUACUUCAAAUAUCAAUAAUUUUCGUUAGCCUGUUUGAUAUUGCCGUUUGUAAAUAAAUAACAUAAAAUAACAAUAUAACUUACUGCAAACUUAA